AUGGCUUCUCAAAUCGUCAAUUCGGCAUGGAAAGUGAUGCCGAUGUUCGAAUCCCGGUCCAUCCCCCAGACGGUUGAUUUUUAUACCAAGAUACUUGGAUUCGAACUUGCUAGUGUCAAGCCCGAGCACGGAGAAUCCGAGCAAUACUUCUGCUCUAUCUUCAUUGGCAAGAGAGCAGAAGCAAAUUUCUAUUUUUCGAAAGUCAAUGCUGAAAGCUUCAAAUCAUCUCAUGCGUACGUUGCUCUGGGUACAUCUCAGCUGGACGACUUCCACGCCUAUCUGAAAAAUACACCCGGAAUCGAAUUUGACGAGGAGAUCGAAGAUACACCAUGGGGAUUUCGACAAUUUACAAUCAAGGAUAUUGACGGAAACCUACUUACCUUCUUUAAAUUUCUAGAAGGUGGUAACCCGGGGGAGGAAUAG